UAAAAAAGAAGACGGCAUGCAACGCGAUUCUGUUAGUGUUCAUCCGCCCUUGAGAGUGCAUGCAGGGGGAGGGGGGUGCAUACACUUUUCUUGAGGGCAGGUAUGAGGCUGCAGGAGAGCCAAAAACAAUCCGUGUCGCUUCGAGUCCUUCUUGUUUUGUGUCUUGAACUCGGAUUUUUGGUCGUUAAUAUGUGAAGUCCCUAAUAUGUAAAGUCCCUAGAGAUCAGCACUGCAAUUGCGAUGACCCUCUCUAUUGGCACCUGAAUUUAUUUUUCGCCUUGCUCGGGGAAACAAGGGCGGGAAAUAUUUGAGACCCUGGAGGGCAUACAGAGGGGCGGGUUACACCCCGCCCCUUUAUUGUGCUUGCUCAGAAGAUUUGCCGCAACUCAUGGACAACAAGUCAGACCAAGCCAGACAGCCAGGAAAAAGGAGAAGAAUAGUUCUGGUAUUUUGUAUGUCUCUGAUUUCGUAAAAAAGCCUUUUAAAGCAAAUUGUUUUAAAAUGGGUUCUAUACUCUGUUUAAAUUUUACUAUGAGAUCUCUGAAAUUGAAAAAAAGAGAGCUGUGUGUUUAUUUCUUGAGUAUAUAGCUAACUAUAUAGCUAGCUAGCUAUAACUCCUGCCAAAUCUUUCUUGAUCUACCUCUGGGCUUUGCCCAAGAAACUGUAAGUCUCUACACUUUUACCCAGUUAUCCUCCUCCAUUCUUUGCAAAUGUCCCAACCAACUUAAUCUUCUUAUCUGGAUAACAUCUCCAAUGCUUAAGAAUACUAGCCUGCUUCUUAGCUCAUCUGUACUCUUUCUUGUCUCUCAACCUUACCAUUCUCAUAUCAUUCUUUUUUAAAGGGUCAAGAUCUUCCUGCUUCACUGUCCAUGUCUUACUACGACACACCGCUUCACACAACAUAACACUUCCUAUACAACGUUCCCUUGCCUCUGAUUCUGCUGGUUAACAUUUUCCAAACAGAACCUUUCCUGCAAGUAACACUUUCCAACACCUCUUUAACUAUCCAAAAUAUUACCUAAGUUAACAGUAUUUAUUAACUAUUGUCUCUAAUAAGCCACUGUUAUGCAUAAUUAAAGCUGGCAAAACUUUGUUGUCUAUAAUCUCACCUUUGCAACGCUUACAUACAAACUAAAUGUCAGCUCUCAAGGGCUCUCAAGGACAUGCUCAAAAAACAUAGGCAGGGUUAUGGUCAUUUGUGAACAUUGGUAUACCAUGUUAAAUUUUUAUUUCUGUUGAUUGGGACUAUGUAGCUUAGUGGUUGUACCUCCCAAACUUUGUGCAGGAGAGAUCAGUGUUUCAUUCCAAUUAGCAGUGUUUUAAUAUGGACAAAUGAAUGUUACCAUAGCCCGGGUUAAACCCCAGCAAUAUGAGGGAAAUGAUUGCACUGGGCGGUUGGAUGUUGCAGGGAGUUGUGGUAGAGCGCAAACUGAGCAUUAAAUACUUUCGAAGUCACAGUUUAAGCCAUUGUCCCUCCUGGAAUUAAUGGACACCAUAUAUCGCUCAAUAUUUGUGAUGCUAGUCAUGUAAAAUAUAGACAUCUAUCUACAAUAAAAUUUGCUGACUAUAGAGAAGAAAACCUCUUGUAUGGCAGCAGAAAUCCAACCAAAUAUCAAAAGCUAGUGAUGUCAGAAAAAUGUUGUCGGAAAUUUUUUUAUAAUGAUGUUUACCUUGUGUAUUACUAUUAUCAUUCCUGCAUUGAACGCCCCUUGUCACAGAAAUCUUUAUAAGCAUAGAAGGCAAUUUUGUAAAUGAGAGUUUUCUUCUAAAAGCACAGUCACUUUUUGCACCUGCUUAAGGAAUUUCCAAACCAACCUGAGCACACAUGAUUUCUAGCAUGACAUAAUGUUUUUAUUUUCUGUUAACUAUGUCUUCUAUGCACAUGUAUGUAUGAGCAACAAAAACUAUGCAACAAUAAAAAAAAAUUAAGUGAAAAUAUUGUUAAAACUUGCUUUUAAACAGUAUUUACUGUAACGUAUCUUAAAGGGAACCUGAGGUAUAAAAUGUUAAACUUAUGUUAAAGAACUUGCGUUCUCAAGAUAUUCACAUUCUAAGAAUUUUAGUUUUAAUUAUGCGCUCAAUGUGAUACCUUGCUUCAAAAUGUCUAUCACAUUAAGCCCACCAUAGCAUCCUCAAGGCUUGGUGUGAAUAAAAUAUUUUAUCUAUCAAGAAAACUUGAAUAUGUUUUAUCGAAAUUCCAACAGCCAAAGGCAAAGCUCUUAUAAUUGGUUGUAUCUAUAGGCAUCCGUCUAUGGAAAUCUCUGACUUCAGUGAUAACUACUUUAGUCCUCUCUUAUAUAAGCUUUCUAUGGAUAAUAAAGAUGUAGUCUUAUUAGGAGAUUUCAAUAUUAAUUUGUUAAAUGUUGAAUUUGAUCAUAAUAUUUCUAAUUUUGUAAUAAAAUUAUCAUGUCAUUCUUUCCUUCCUAAUAUAAACCUGCCCAGUAGGAUAACUAGUACCAGUAAAACAUUAAUUGAUGAUAUUUUUGUAACUUCUCUAAUUCUUCUUGUGAUUUGAUGAUUUGGUUCUCAUAGCAGAGUCGAUGGAAGAAUUAGUUGAAAAGUUUGAGAAGUGGAAGAAAGGACUAGAAUAGAAAGGGCUAAGGGUAAACACAGCAAAGUCUAAAGUCAUGAUUAGUAGCAUUGCAGCCAAGUGUGACCUUGUAGUUGGAAAGUGGCCUUGUGGAGUUUGCAGGAAAGGGGUUGGUAGUAACUCAAUUUUUUGUCAGACUUGCAAGUAUUGGGUACAUGAGAAGUGCAGUAGUAUUGGUGGAAGGUUAAGAGCUGACAUUCAGUUUGUAUGCAAGCGUUGCAAAGGUGAGAUUAUAGAGAAUGAAGUAUUUCCAGGUUCAAUGAUGUACAGCAGUGGCUCGUUAGAGAUAGUUGAGAACUUCUGUUACUUAGGUUUAGAAAGGAAUAAUAUGAGAAUGGUUAGGUGGAUGUGUAACGCCAGUCUGAGAGACAGAAAGAGUUCAGAUGAGCUAAGAAGCAGGCUAAGUAUCCGUAGAAUUGAAGAUAUUAUCCAGAUAUGAAGAUUGAAUUGGCUGAGGCACUUGGAAAGAAUGGAGGAGGAUAAUUGGGUAAGAAAUUGUAUAGACUUGAUAGUUCCUGGGACAAAGCCCAGAGGCAGACCAAGACUUGGCAGAAGGUUAUAAGGACAGACUUGAUACAAAGAAAGUUGAGUUUAGAUCUAACACAGUCUAAAUCAGAUUGGAAGAGGGUCAUUAACAUACCCCGUCCAACCCAUGCUAGCAUGGAAAACAGACGUUAAGCCGAGAAUGAUGAUGACGAUGAUGUUUCUGGUAAUAUAGUAGCAGGCAUAUCUGAUCACUUACCUCAAUUUCUCUUUGCUGAUAAAUCUCCUAGACAUGCUAUUUAAUCAUGUCAUCAGUAUCGUGAAUGGAAGAACUUUAACCAAGAAAAUUUUAUUCUUGACUUUUUUUAAAUUGAUUGGGACAAUGUAAUAAAACUUAAUAAACUAGAUGUAAAUUUUUCUUUUAAUUCUUAUAUUCAAACUGAAACUAAAUUAAUUACCAACCAGUAAUUAACAACUAGUGGCCCCCAGUGGAAACAAUCCAUCUUGGGCCUCUCCUCUUCUUAUAUUAUAUAUAAGACUUAUUUCAUGCUAUUAAAUUUAGGGAGGUCCAUCAUUUUGCGGAUGAUACCAACUUGUUACACGUCAAUAAAGAUCUUAAACAUCUACAAAAGGCGAUUGUGUUAUUGGCUUCAUGCCAAUAAAAUUUCGAUAAACACAUCAAAAACCGAAUACAUUAUAUUUAAACCUAGACGUAAAUCUACUCACAAUUUUAAUUUUAAAAUAAAGAUUAAUGGUAAUCGUAUUAAUUCUAGUGUCAUGAUUAAAUAUUUAGAUAUUUUACUUGAUUCCGACCUUUCCCUGGAGAUCUCAUAUUAAUUUACUAAUUCCAAACUUAAAAGAGCUAAUGCCAUUUUAUCUAAACUGCGCCAUUAUGUCACGAGAAAUACUCUUCGUCAGCACUUUUUCAUUCCCAUCUUUCAUAUUGUUACCAGAUUUCGGGUCAGGCCACUUUUUUCUUAGUUAAUACAAUUUUAACUCUUCAAUACGUAUUAUUACUUUUUCACAUCCUCAUUCUCAUGCUAAUCCACUUUUCUCCCGAUUUAAAAUCUUAAAAUUUCCUGAUUAUGUCCACCUUCAUAAUGUCCUAUUUCUUAAAAAAAAUUACUUUAAACACACUCUUAUUCUCUGUCAUUAAAACUUGGUAUUGAUUUUUCUGUUAACUACGGUACUUGUGGAUAUAAUAAUGGUCUUAUAAGUGUUGCUUCUGUUCAAACGUUAUCUUACAGUUUAAAUUCAACUCGCUUUCAAUCCAUUUGAUCGUGGAACAAGUUUAUCCAACAUUUCAACUUAUCCUUCCUCAAUUUAUCAUCUAAUGCUUUAAGGAUUAAAUUAACUGAUUUUUUUUUUACAAUCUUAUACCCAACAAUACUUCCUUAUUUCUUAAACUGCUUAUUUCAAGCGAGUUGUUUAAAACUUUUGUCAUUACACUAGGGUCAUGUGUGUGUGUGUGUGUGUUGUGUGUCAAUGUGCUGUUUGUGUGUGUGUAAAUGUGUGUCCAAUGGUUUUCAGUUUUUGUUUUGUUUUGUUUAUUGUUUGUUUUUUUGUUUUUUAUUUAUUUAUUUUUAUUUAUUUUUUUCCUGGUUAUUUAAUUGAUAUAUACCCCAUUUCAUAUAUUCCUAAAUUGUCAUGGAUCAUAGUUCUUUAAUCAAAGGUGGCCUCACAUUUUUCUAGCUAUGCUAUAGUGUUGUCUCCUGAAUAAUCUUUAUGGAUGUGUGGAUAUCAUUAUUUUUUAUAUUUAUAUUGUAUUUCAUUUUUGCUGUUAUCUUUACAAAUGAAUAAGUCUUGUAAAUUUCUUAUUCCGAAUAAAUGACUACUUACUUACUACUUACUCAAUAGACAAUCUCGAUGUAUCGUGAUAUGUUGAGAGUAAUGAUAUAUCUUUUUUGCUUUUCAAUUCACAGCAUAAAGUUCUUCCUAAAAGUAGCUAUAGCAUGAGAGAAAAAAAUGAUAAUCUUGAAACAAAUAAUUUAAUCUCUUAUAAUAUACGGAGAGUGUGUCUCUGUGUGUGUCUGCAACAGGCAAGGUGGAUGUGUUCAUUUUCCUUUGAUGUGGCUGAAAAAGUAUGUCUGACAUGUUAAAUUUUCUGACGUUAAUAACACUAUAACAGUAGUGUUAUUAACGUCAAUAUCUUAUAUUAAAUUAAAAGCCAUGACAGUGCACUUAAAACUUUGAAGCCAAAUAACUUGGAAACGAGAUGGUGACAUCAUUUUUCACCGCAUGGGUAACAUGGGUAACCACCUGGGACCAAUUUGGGUAAGUUUCCCAAACCUGGGGCUCCGAAUUUGUUUCAGAAUGGACAGGUUGAUGACGUCAUCAAGAAAAUCUUUAAACCUCAAUAUUGGUUGUCAAAAAUACAUGAUCCUAUACAUUUCCUUGAUCAGUGUUUCAAGAUCUCUGCAAGGAAGGCAACAGGUAUGUCUUGAAAUAACCAUAUGGGUUUCUAUUGUGAGUUUGAGGCAACAUAGUAUUUACAAUGAGCUUAAAAGCAUUUGAUUUGGUGCCAGUGGUUGACAAGGUCAAUUUAAGUGGUGAUAGAACCAAAAGUAGCAUUGAAUGCUUAGAACUGGUUCAAGAAAAUUUAUACAUCGGAACAACUGAUUGCUUUCUCAUUCAUUAUGCUAUUGAGCAAGGCAUCUCUCCUACAGGUAAAACAACUUUUAUGAACAAACUUCAGCGGCACAAACAUUUAGGACUUCGCAAACCUAUAAAGCAGCUACUAGCCUGUGCUGCAGUAGGACAGUUACUUGUUUUAUGCGAUGGAAAUGUCUAUUCAGUAUCUAUGUACGGUUUGGAAAUACGAAUUGGAGCUAAUAAAGAAAUGUUUAAGGGAGUGACUGUGAUGGCUCGAAAUAAUAAGCCACCUGUGUUUAAUCCUGAUGAGGUACAGAUAUGCAUCGGAACAAAACGUAAAACAGUUCAAAUUUAUACACUAACUACGAACGGUUGUAUGAUGUUAAAGGAAAUUAACUUAACAGAUCCUCCAAAUGUAUUAGCAAUAGAUUCACAGACAAUAUGCACAACACUUGGUCACCAAUAUUUUCUCAUUGAUUAUGUUACAUCAGUUGUCCAAGAAUUAUUUAUGUAUGAAGCUCAUAAUGUCUUACCCAUGGUUAAGAGAAUUGGACAUGAAGAGUUUCUGCUAAAUGGACCAACUGAUACCAUGGGGAUGAUAGUUACUGCAGAAGGUCUGUCAAUGCACCAACCGUUGACAUGGUCAGAUGGACUGCGCUCUGUUGCCUACUCAUAUCCAUACAUUCUGGUUUUAGGAAAUAGCACUGUAACUGUUCAUAGUAUGUUAGACCAAAGACAGAAGCAAGCAAUGUCCUUUAAUGGUGGUAUUGCUAUAAAUAAUAUGGAUGACCAUGUUUUAGUUGCAAUGCAAAAGUCAGUUAUGGCUUUUGUACCCAUACCUUUAGAUAAACAAAUUCAAAUGCUACUUAUCGAUAAAAGGCUAGAUGAGGCGUUUGAUUUGCUACUUGUUGCAAAUCGCUCUAACCCAAUUAAGUACGAUACUAAGUUUGUUAAGCAAGUCCAAGCUCAAGCUGGCUUUAUCCAUUUUGCUGAUGGGAAUUUCAGUAAAGCAUCGGAAUUAUUCAUUGAAAGUAGUGUUGACCCUAGAGAGAUUAUUGUGUUAUAUCCGUUAAUGAUGCCAGCUAACAAGAAUUUCUUACCAUCUCGGCCAUUACUUCACAACAUUAAAGAUUUGACCGUUGUUGUUAAAGGUAGUAAAACCGUGUUUGCAGAAGCCAAAAAAUUUCUCCUGAAAUAUCUUGAGAAAUGCAGGAACCAAUUUCCAGAUGCAAAAAUAGAAAUUGAUACAGCAUUGAUGAAACUGUAUGCAGAAUGUAACCAUACGAAGUUGUGUGAAUUACUAUCAACACAAAAUGAAAUUUUUGUUGAAGAAGCAUUGUCAUGGCUUACACAGUUUAAACGAUUCCAUUGUUUAGCUUUAUAUUAUUGUUAUUUAAACCAACCAAUUAAAUCGCUUGAACUAUGGCAUAAGUUAGUAGAUAACGAAAUUAUGGAUGCCACGUUUCCUGGUAUUAACUUUGUGGUGAAUUACUUAUGCAAAAUUUCAAAUGUUGAUCUAAUUUGGACUUCCAUCAGCUGGCUAUUAAAAACAGACGAAGAAGUUGCCAUUAAAGUUUUCACUGAAAGAGAUGACAAUCUUUUGAAAAUUGAUCAAGUGUGUGACUACCUUCAAAAAUUUCCAAUAGCUUUACAAAUUUAUUUGGAAUACCUAGUUUACGAUAAAAAAUUUGCUCAGGAAAAAUUUCAUACGCAUUUAGCUGUUAUUUACGUUAACCAUGUUCUGAAGCUAAUGAAAGCCAAAAUACAGGUUUCAGAAGAGGUGGAAGCCGCUAGAAGCAAACUUCAAACCCUGCUAGAGACUUCAUCCCUCUACCGUGUAUCUACGAUUCUGCAAAAAAUCGGUAGUCUUCCAUUGUACAAAGAAAUUGCAAUAUUAUAUGGAAAAAUGGACCAGCAUGAUAAAGCUUUGAAAAUAUUGGUCUAUAAACUAAAUGAUUUUGAGGCAGCUGAACGGUACUGCGAUGUAAUAUCAUGUGAUAAGGAUCAUAAGUUUAAGCAGAAAGUUUUCCAUACGCUUUUGUUGGUUUAUUUACAACCAUCAAGUGAAGAAGAAGAUGUACGAGCUGAGCAUUUUGUUAUUCCAGUUGUAAAGUUGCUUAACACGAGACAAAAAGAAUUUGAUUUCAUCCGAGUGCUAGAUGUACUUCCAAUUGAUUGGUCGGUUGAAUUAAUACAUUCUUUUCUGUCUGGUUCUGUCCGAACGAACCUUUCGUCACUUCGUACCUUGAAGAUUCAAUCUAGCUUAUCCAGACAGGAUUACGUUGACAAUAAGAAGUAUUUAGUGAAAUUUCAACAUGGCAGAAUUCUUAUGACGGACAGUAGUAUUUGCGAUUUCUGCAAGAAACCUUUUAAUGAACCAAUUAGCGCUUGUUAUCCUAAUGGAACUUUGGUCCACGCACAUUGUAGCAAAAAUAAACAUAAAUGCCCAGUUACUGGGAAAGAAUUCACAUGAUUUUAUAUUUUGAUAUUAAUGCGUAUUUUUUAUUUUUAUGUCUUUAUUUUGUUCCGAUGCAUGCUAUUGUUAUUAGUCAAUAAAUGGUCGUUAAAAUUAUUCAAAGAUAGUCGUUAAAAAUAUUCGAAAAAUAGUCGUUAAAAAUAUUCGAAAAAUAGUCGUUAAAAAUAUUCGAAAAAUAGUCGUUAAAAAUAUUCGAAAAAUAGUCGUUAAAAAUAUUCGAAAAAUAGUCGCUAAAAAUAUUCGAAAAAUACCUUGUGCAAAUAGGUAAAAUAUGCGAGCAAUAUUUCCAAGAAGGAAAUUUUUGCAGAAAUUGUGUUUGACGUUAAAGGGGCUAAAAUAAAAAUCUUUGGUGAGCAAAAAUGCAGCAUUUGCGAUUGGUUGCUAUAGUUAAGAAAAUACGGAACUAAUGUUUUGUAUUUGGAUAUUUCGGAAACUGGCAAUCGUAUUCAAACGUAAUAAAACGAAAAAAGCUCUUGGAACGAGGUUAAAAAUUCAAGCACACUGUUGACCUAUUAUAUAAAAUGCGCCGAACCAAACUUAUAAAUUACUCAGCACGACUCGAUUCGACUCGGUUCGGCACAUCGUUUUGUAAGAGUCGAGCUGAAUUGAAUCCCACAACGUUUUGCUUGGAUUGACUCAGCAUUGGCUCCUACAAAAUUUUGGGAGCAAUAAUUUUGCGUUUCAAUAUUUAUUUUUUUUGAAAAUAUUGUUUUGUUUUGUUUUCAAUUAACCUACGGAACCUAAUUUUAGUCAAUAGAGCUAAAUCGUAAACAUAAUUUACGUAAUAAAUUCUUCCCGUGAGGUAAUUAUAACUUGUGUAUAUAUAACUAUAUUUUUAAAGUUUAGUUAUUAUUAUGUUCUAUAGAGUAUUUGUAUAUUUUAAACUAGUUUGUUAUUUUCAUAACUAGUGUCACUGAAAGAAUUUUUUUUUGAAUUAUGUCGCGAAGUUUUUUCGCUGAAUCCUCUGCAAACUGUAUUUUAAUGUCGGAAAUUUUGCCGGGAGGGAAUUUCUUAGCACAAGUUCCCUAGUAAAAGGGUGGGAGGGGGCACUGCGUUUUUUGACCGUAAGAAAACCUUUGAUGUCAGAGAUAGAUCAGUUAUAGAUCAUCUAGUUUGUCGGUUACUGUGUAGGUGUAUUAGCGAGGAGGAGGCACUGCGUUUUUUGACAGUAAGAAAACCUUUGAUGUCAGAGAUAGAUCAGUUAUAGAUCAUCUAGUUUGUCGGUUACUGUGUAGGUGUAUUAGCGAAAAUGAAUUUUCGCGAAGUAUUCAAAUACAAUAGAUUCAUGAAAAUAACAAAUAAAACUUUGUGAAUGGCGAAGUUCUUGAAAAUGUUUGCUUAGACUAAAGUGAACCGAUGUAAUGGAAGGCAGGAGGAAUGGAGAUUGUCAUUAGUUACAACGAGUCGUUUUAUUCAAUCUGGUAGCGAUAAAUUAACAUGGUUGGGCCAUCAAAUCAGGGUACUUUAUAAAUUUUUUAAAGGCCAAAUAAUAUUAUUGUUUGAAACUCGGAUGUCAACUGUACAAACUGAAAAUUGCAUCACUUUGGAUUUUACCUUACCUUUUCUCAUUUUGUCUCGUUUGUUUUUUGAUCAACACUGUUACAGCAACAAAAUGGUUGAAGUCAUUCAACAAGUGAAUUGCCAUCGACAAAUUCAUAUGUAGAUUUUUUAUGGCCUUUAUGGAGAAGUCUAAUUUGGCUACAUUCAAAAAUACGUACGCUCAAAUAUUAACUAAU